AUGGCGGCGACGUCACCACUUCCACUGCCGGGGGCGGCGGAUAUUCUCAGAAGACCGUCUCUCUACGUCGGGGAUCUUCACCCCGACACCACCGAGAGGGAUUUGAUGGAGAAAUUUUCUAGUGUCGGAACAUUGGAUUCCGUUCGCCUAUGCACAGAUACCGUGACGAAGAGAUCUCUUUGCUACGCUUAUGUCAAUUUCCUUUGUUUUUCUGAUGCUUUAAAGGCUAUGACACUCCUGAACCACACUCCCCUGAGGGAGAAGCCUAUGAGGAUCAUGUGGUGUCAAAGGGAUCCACUAGUAAGAAAAUCUGGAAUUGGCAAUCUUUUCAUCAAGAACCUAGCACCUUCAGUAACCAGUGCUCAAUUGGAGAGGAUAUUUAGCAACUAUGGGACAAUAGUCUCUUGCAAAGUUGUUGAGGAAGAUGGAAAGAGCAAAUGUUUUGGAUUUGUUCAGUUUGAUUCAGAGCAGUCAGCGAUGAUUGCCAUCAGUUGUCUCCAUGGCACAAUGCUUGAAGGGAAAAAAUUAUAUGUCUCCAAAUUUAUCAAGAAGCAAGAGAGGGAGGUUCCACGUGAAGACCUCAAAUUCACCAAUCUCUAUGUGAAAAACUUCGAUGACGAUCUGACAGAGGAUCUCUUGAGAGAGAAAUUUUCAAAAUAUGGGAAGGUCCACAAUGCUAUCAUUAUGAGGGAUGAAAAGGGAAAGUCAAGAGGCUUUGGCUUUGUCAAUUUUUAUUCACAUGAAGAUGCUAAGAGGGCUGUUGAGGGUCUGAAUGGUGCAUUACUUGGAUCCAAGCAGCUAGUUGUUGUAAGGGCCCAAAAGAAAAUUGACAGAGAGGAGGUCUCAAGAUGUGUAGAUGAUGACUCUAUUAGCAUUGAGCACCAGAAACCAGAGGCUUCCAAUCUGUAUGUGAAGAAUCUCAGUCUAUCCAUGGAUGACAGAAAGUUAAAAGCACUAUUCAGUACUUAUGGAAAGGUAACUUCAGCAAAGAUCAUGCGUCAUGAUGAUGGUGUCAGUAAGGGAUUUGGCUUUGUGAGUUUUUCCAAUCCUGGAGAUGCAAAGAAGGCUAUGGAUUCACUUAAUGGCACAACUUGUAAUGGAAUGUGCUUGUAUGUGGCCUUAGCUUGGUCCAAGGAAGAACGCCCUAGGGCGGCCUUAGCACCACGCAAGCCACUGUUUCCCACUUCUAACCAGGAUAUUAUCAUGCCUACACUUCAUGAGUUCCUUUACUAUGUCCCUCCUUAUUCUGUGUCAAUGUCAAUUCCAGACUUCAAUCCUUACCAGUCUACAUCUCCAACGUAUCAAACUGUUGGCAGACAGAUGGGUACAUUCUUUCCUGCAGGGAUGUACACUUUUCGAGGAAACAACAACUUGAUAUAUGACACAGAGAAACAGUCCCCUAAUAAGCACCUCAUCUGCCAGUAUAAUAAACCUACGAAGCCUGUUCCUCCGAAUGAUUCUGCUGCACCAGCUACUGCUAAACAGGGAAAU